CCGCGGAGCCUUCCCGGCACCGCCCGACCGCCACCGCGCCGCCCGUACAGCCCGCGACACCGCCCGGAGCCCGACCCGCGCCGCGCAGGAGCGCCCGCCGGAGCCGUCGCCAUCCGCCAUGCAGCCUGCCUCUGCAAAGUGGUACGACCGGAGGGACUACGUCUUUAUUGAGUUCUGUGUCGAAGACAGCAAAGACGUAAAUGUAAAUUUUGAAAAGUCCAAACUCACGUUCAGUUGUCUUGGAGGAAGCGAUAACUUUAAACAUUUAAAUGAAAUCGAUCUUUUUAAUAAUAUCGAUCCAAAUGAAUCAAAGCAUAAAAGAACAGACAGAUCCAUCUUGUGUUGUUUACGAAAAGGAGAGUCUGGUCAGGCAUGGCCAAGGUUAACAAAAGAGAGGGCAAAGCUCAACUGGCUCAGCGUGGACUUCAACAACUGGAAAGACUGGGAAGAUGAUUCAGACGAAGACAUGUCCAAUUUCGAUCGCUUUUCUGAGAUGAUGAACAACAUGGGAGGAGACGACGACGUAGACUUGCCAGAAGUAGAUGGGGCAGAUGAUGACUCGCCAGACAGUGAUGAUGAAAAAAUGCCGGAUCUGGAGUAAGGCAAACUGUUGUCUUCAGGGUUUUGGGGAAAGAAGUUCAUCACAACAUUUCAUAAUUGAGAUAAGAAUUCCUGAGUUGAUAGCCCUAAAGGGAGAUCCUGCAUCCUUUAACCCAUUUUCAGUCCAUUUUAAAUGGCUUCACUGAUGGUAGGUGUGUCCCAUGGCACGGGGCGGUCUUAAAGCCAGGAGAGGCAAUAACGUUUAUGCAUGAACCGUUUUCCAGACUUCCAACAAACAAACAAACAAAAAAAAACCCCAAACCAACCCAAUUGAGGUAUAGGCAAUCCGUUCAGAACAGUUGCAAUAAAGUUUACAGAGCCUCCUUGCCUCGUAGCAGAUAAAAUUACAAUGGGAGAACCCCCCAAUUAACACUGAGUGGUAAACGAACAUUUUUCCUUCUCCCCUCCCCUUCCUUCCAUGGCCUGAAAUUGUCCGUUUGUACCGGGAACAAAAACUCUUCUGUCAUAUUGGCUCCCCAAAUUCAGCAGGCGAGGGCGCAUCCCUCUGUGGUGUCUUCAGGUCUGUUCCACUAAAAAGUUUGUACCGAAAAAGGAAAACUUUAAACUUCUCUCUGUUUUUGGUGGCGGAGCCUGCCCCUGGUCCCGUGUGACCCCCAAACCUUUCCACCUCCUCGCCCGGGGUGCGAGUGGCUGUACAUUGUUGCUUGUCAAUCUGUACAUUUAGACCAAAUCGUAUUUGCACUGUGGGUUUGGCAGCAAGUGACAGACCGUGGGGCGCGCGGGCGCCUGCGAACCGGGCUGAAAAAAAAAAACACCUCAAUUUAUGUUCAGAGCAGCUGGGAUUUUUUUAAUGUCUGCAUUCUUUCUAAUAAACUGUUGAAGACUC